AUGUCGGCAAGCUCUGGAAGAGGUUCAGAUAGUUGCCAUUGGUGUGGCCAUCCAUUGGAAGUUCACGCCAAACCCAAGCAUACGAAAUGCCAAAAGUGCAGGAAGAUAUUUGAGGUCUGUCAGGCUGGAGCUCAUGGGUAUGGAGAGAACCAAGAUGGAUGGAGGAUCUGCUAUGUACGUUGCUCAUGUGGCGAAAAGCACUACCCAUUGGGGCUCCGUAAAUGUCACCAGCUCGCAGGCCACGAGUAUCGUGCAGACCACGUGUUGUACAGAUCCCCGUCACCUGAGCCCAACGAGACAACCACAGAGCCAAGUUUAAGCUCUCAAGGGUGGGAGUCUAGCCAUGGCGGCAGGGACGAGCGAGCAGAGUCCCGGGGCUCCAGGGAUGAAUUGAGUCCGACUUUUAAAGAGCACUCUGAGCCUAUGGACAGACUUGUGAGGUCGUUCGGCAACAUUCAUAUUGGAGACUCUGGGCCAUCCAACUCUAGUGGUGGCAGACAUACCCGAAUUGGACCUGGGGGCAAUGCAGAUGAACUCUCGUGGGAUCAGCAGAAUUUUGAGCAGCGUACUCUAGCAUGGGGUGAAUGGGAAUGGCAAGGAGAGUUUAGUCGCUACUAUCGAACUCGUCAAAAGGAAUCUGGAGAUUGGGAGUAUGACUAUGACUAUGAGACUUCUAGGCCUGUAACAUUUUCAAAGUCGACAGAUGGAGUGAAAAGUACGAAGAGGGAAGGAAAGGGGAAGGGAGCAGGAAAAGGGGAAGGAAAAGAGACGGAGAGCGAAAAGGGGGCAGGGAAAGGGAAAGGAAAGGGAAAAGGAAAGGGGAAAGGAGAAAAAAAAGGAGCAUGA